AAUGGCGUUUGGAACGUCGAGCACGAUUCCACUGACGUCGGAUUCCACAGUUAAACGAGGGAGAAGACUCGAAUGGGAUCGGUCGGCUGUCGUUACCGACCACUUCUCUAAUUUCGUAGACGAUUAAUCCGCCCAAAUCGCCCGGAGAUGGGCUUUAAAAGAAACUAAUUAAUACCGGACGGAAGAAUGGAAAUGAAAGCCGAAAACGAGGGACGUUGCCGCGUGACGGAAUCGGCCAGUGGCCCCGCGCCUCCCGAAAAGCGGAAAGAACGGGUUUCACCACAAAGGCGAAGUUGGAAGGUGAUUUGCAUCGCUCCCUCCGUAAAGAAAGAGUUGGUGCCUUUAAAAGUCGUUCUGUUUUGUUGGUACGGAGCAUUUUCCAGUCUCUUACCUUACAUGACGAUUUACUUGAAGCAAUUAGGCAUCACCGCUAGCGAAAUUGCUUUUAUAUACACGUUCUUUCCAAUCGCUAAACUUCUCGGACCGGCCGUCGGAGGGUUGAUAGCGGAUAAACUGGGAAGAUACAAACCAGUUUUGUACGUGGCCCUUGCCUGUAAUGUGGUCUUCGCCACCAGUUUCCUCUUCAUUCCUGCCAUUCCUCGAUCGACGUGCCAGAGUAAAGGUCGUCUGGAUUGCGAAAAUUGGGAAAAACCGCGGUUGACGAUGGAAGAACCGUGUUCCGGUCAAAAUCGUUCGAUAGACAUUCGGGUGGAGUUUUGCGGCUCGAAAUGUCAUCUGGCUACGAAAUCCAUGGAAACUCUGUGUUUCGAAAGAAGCGGAAACCCUUAUUGCAUCGACCUAAGAAGAGACAAUAAAGAAACUCCUUCCGUAAAAUUGAACGUGUCCAUCGAUUCCGAAGUGACAAACGUGUCCUGUUCGUACACCGUACAAAGCAUCGACGACAAUAAUCAAACCAUUCCCCUUUCCAGGUGCGCGAUAGAAAACGUCACGGAAGAUUGUCCGCCGUUCUGUCGCGUUAAAACGUUCGACGUCAAUGGAAAAGGCUGCGAAAUAACGUGGGGACAGAGGCUUCCCACUUUAGCCUCGGCGUUCACCGUAUUUAUGUGUUUUCAAGUGUUCGUGGCCAUCUGUUUUUCUCUGACGGAGGCGACCACUCUGGCCAUGGUCAAAGAGCACAAAGACGACUACGGACGCCAGCGUGUUUGGGCCAUUUUGGCCACCGCCAUUUUUUCUCCUUUCACUGGAUUUCUAGUCGACGUGGUUUCUGCUUAUAACGGACGCACGGAUUACUCUCCCGCCUUUUACGUUUUCGAUUGCCUAAUAAUAUGCAACAUGGUCCUAGUGUAUAUUCUCAAUCUGCCCGUGGCUCCUCCGGCCAAAAACAUCGUUAAAAAUAUCAAAAAUCUCAUCGUUAUGCCGGAAGUCGUCGUUUUUCUGAUAGUAAUUUUCUUUCUCGGCACGUUUUGGGGUUUUCUGGAAUCAUUUCUGUUUUGGCAUCUUCUGGAUCUCGGAAGUCCGAAGUACCUUCUGGGUCUGACUCUGACCGUAGGCGCUAUCGUGGGUCUGCCAUUCCUUUACACCUCGGAUUUCUUCGUCCGGAAAUUCGGUCGAGUCAACUUACUGAUAGUGGCUUUCUUUUUCUACUCCGUUCGUUGCAUCGGAUAUUCCUAUAUUCACAAUCCUUGGUGGUUUGUGUUAUUCGAAGCCAUGGAAGCAUCCACGUAUCAUCUAAUGUGGGUGGCAGCCGCGACUUAUGCCGCUGGCCUAGCACCGAAAGGCCUUUUGGCCACCAUCCAAGGUUGCGUGGCAGGAAUGCAUUUCGGGAUCGGGAGAGGGUCGGGAAGUCUGAUUGGUGGAAAUUUAAUAAGCGCAUUUCGUAAUCGAAUUGCUUUCCGAUCUAUGGGAGUGGCUUCCGCCAUAUUGGGAGUAUUAUAUGCAAUUAUAUAUUACGGAUUGUUAAAGAACUUAAAAACCAGUAAGGAGAAGGAUGACAAAACAGUAACGGAGAAAGAAUUAUCGAAAGUAGAAAUCUCGGGGAAAAAGUCUUGGCCAACAAAUGAAGAAAAAUUUUAACGGUUUAAUUAAAUGACACGUACGCUGCUAUUUUUUACAACUGCUUUUGUACCAUAAUUACCAUCUCAAGAAUUUUUGGAACACGAAGAAUUUAUAUCUAAGAGUUUUAUGUACAGAUGAAACUUUAAACAAUAUCCAACAGAAUGCGUUAUUUUAAUUGAAGAAAUUUAUAAUCUGUAGAACUGUCUGUUUCGUAUGUUGUUUCGAAAUAUUUCUUCCACAUCAACAGUAAGCGUCAUUAACGGAAGCUGUUCCAGUUGAUACGUUUCAUCUAUCCUUAAUAUUUACUUUUGUCGCAUUCGUUCGACCCAUCGUAAACAAAGAUUUUACAAUAAAUACAAAUAACGACUGCCAAAUUAAAGUUACCAAAAUUGUCCGUCAUCGUAGGAAUUUCGCCAAACAAAUUGUGGUGGAAGUUUAAGCUUCUGAAAAUAAUUGAAUAUUCGAAACAAUUGAUAAGUACAGUACAUAUUUAGUCUCCAAGAUUUUAUUUCCAUCUUUGUAACAAAGAUCCGAAUUGAAAUCUUAAAAAUCCAGAAAAGAUUUGCUUAACUUUCCCAGCCAAAUUUUAUAAUUUUGCGUGGUGCCAUCUGUUAUUAGAUUUUGUUUGAAAAACUUUUAAUGUUAUUAUUAUAAAAUGACAAAAGCUUAAUUUUGGGGUAGAGAUGAGUUUAUUUAAAAAACAAAUUGUAAAUGUUAAUGAAAAGUAAAUCUUCAUUAAUUUAACCCCACCCGGAGAUAUGACAAGUAACUCCCCUCCUUUUCCGCAUUCUCUCGACCUUUAACCACCAAAACUUUAAUAGCAUUAUUGUCCCUAAUAUACAGUUUUCUUUAAAAUUUCAAAAUAUUUGGUAAAAGGCCAAGUUAUUAAGCUACAAAUUGAGUAAAUAAAAUCGUGCCUUCCACACACUAACACCCAAACAUACAAGAAAAAGUUCCAAAUUUUUGAAUUUCUCGACGUUUCGAGGUUCUGAGUCUGAAAAUAUAAAAAUUUCGGGGAAUUCAUUUUUUGACCAAUCGCCCUCUGUUAUAUGUAACAGAGGGCGAUUGGUCAAAAAAGUAAAAAUUCAGUUUCGUUAGAGAACUGUACGCAAAUUUCACCGAAAGUCAUUGUUGAAACGGAAGAAAGAAGGAGCUUCGAGUAACGACAACCGGCAUUUUGAAUAUAUAUUGAUGUUACUAAUAAUUUCCCCCAAAACUGCGAUUCGCUAAGGAUAAGACCUUUCAGUGCAAUAAAAAAAAACUAAACUGAAAAAUUUUAUCUUCAGCAAUUUCGAUAAAUUUUAUUCCAAUAACAGAUGGUAACUAACAAGCCUGUUUUAAUUAUGUCAUCUAUUGAAGUAUCACGAAUUUUAUCACAAACUCUAUAACUUAAAUCCCAGAGAAUGCAAUGCAUUCUAAUAUCGAGUGUCGCGGGACCAAAAUAUUCAGUGUACUAUGUGUCUCGUUGCAAUUCGUAAGUUCCGUCUUUGUUUUAUCCGAGCAUGUAUUAACGUGGAUUUAUUGUAUAUAAUUAUAUAUAUAUAUUUAGACUAUGUAUAUACAAGAUUAGUAGAUAAAGGACCAGAUUUAUAUUAUAUUUUAUUA